AUGGCCUUCGCCUGGGCUUCCUCUUCCACCAUUACAGCCGUCGUUGUAUCGUUGCAUUCCCAGAAGGGCGGGUCUUCUUUGACGGUAACUAAGGCUUCUUUCUUUGGUGAGAGGAAGCUAAGAGUAAGAAGCUUCACAUCCACCAUUGGAUCAUCGUCAUCUUUGACAGUACGUGCGGCUGCUGCUGACCAUGAUAGACUUAUGUGGUUUUCAGGAAGCACCCAUUCCCCAUGGCUCGAUGGAAGCCUCCCAGGAGAUUUCGGCUUCGAUCAUUUUGGUCUUUCAUCUGACCCAGAUAGCCUGAAAUGGAACCAGCAAGCAGAGCUUAUACACUGCAGAUGGGCAAUGCUCAGUGUAGCCGGAAUCUUCAUCCCCGAAUCUUCAGUGUUCUGGGUGGUUGAGGAGUGGGAUAUUGGUAUGGUUAUUGCCAAGAGCAACAUCAGCAGUGAAACAUCAACAGGGCUGUGUAAUUGCUACAAAGUUGCUAGCUUGACUUCCUCCAUCUUAGAUGCAGAUGAGACCUCAAAUUUAAAGGAUCAGUACAUUCUAGGAGAGCAAUCAGAUUUGCUUUUCGCACUCUCGCUCGCUGACCCGCUCACUGAUGCUGACAUGGGCUUUGGUCAAGGUGGGUCGGCCUGGUGA